AUGUUCGAGCACUUUGCGUUACGGCAUAUAAUGCCGCUGUUGGUUGCAUCUGCCACGACGUUUGGUGGCCUCUGGCCUUUCUGGUCGCCAAAAAACGCCAUGCUUGAGUUUGGUUUGCCAGAAAAAAUUGCCGACUCGCCUGCUGCACAGCCCGUCAUGGUACUUUGUAGCGCUCGCACUACCGCUCUCGGCAUGCUAAUGUUCGUCUUCUACCAACGAGAGGAGCUUGCUGCCGUGGAUACCGUCAUGGCCGUCAUGGGUGCCUACCUGGGUCUCGUGGAUGGCUACGUGUGCUGGAAGGAGGGAAUGCCAGGCAAGGCUGUGUUUCGUUGUGUCUCGGGAAUGGUGAUUGCGGGAUGGGGGUUGAUUGGAUUGACGGAACGAGGCUUCUAA